CUGAUUUAUAGAGUCCCUGUGCUUCCUUGUAUUUUGACCAGCUCAGAAUUUGUCUCUUCUCCUGCCCUUUUAUUCUGCACAUUUAAUAUAACAUUGAUAGAGUUGAUUUGCCGGGGAGAAAUGAUGCUCUUACAAGAUAGUCAUUGUCUCCUUCUCAAGAAAGAGUAACUAACCCAACUGUGUCCUCUGUAGGAACGUGGAAGUUAGCGCUAUCAUCUGCCAUUGCACCUUAGCUUACAAGCUAUCUAAGGUCUGCUUACAUUCUGCUGAAAUUUAUGCUUCUCAAUUGCUUUUAAGUUCUCAAACAUAUUCUUACAGUAUUUUUUUUAAAAAAGCAAUUACAUACUGAGUUCUUUCCCUAUAUAUGUCCCUCUCACUUUGAAAUAAAUGUUUUGUGGGCUUCCUGAAGAAGGAGAGAUGUUUAAAGUUUGAGUCAAGUAAUAUUUGCAACAAAGCUGUUAAUAAAAGCCUGCAUUAAUCUGAGGCUGGGCAGUCUUUGGUACCUAAAUUUGAAGUCUAGUGGGCCCCAAAAAGAAUUGAAACUAGAACUGGGUAUUAUGUCUGCCUCUCUGGUCCCCUGCCAAGUUUUGUGGGUUUUCUACUGCAUUUGUGUUUGAAAGUUUCAUAAACGAGAGGAAUUCAUGGGUUAUAUGAGCAGUAGAGUGCUGUCAAACGUGAGUGAACAAACUAGAGAGACUUGUUGCUCUCCACCCACCCCUGAUCUGUUCUAUAGUUUAAGGUCAUGAUUGUAAUAAUAUGUGGAAUAUUUCUAAAUAAAGUGGAUCACUCAUUUGUUGCAUGCUUUUUGUUUUAAAAAAAAUGGACACCUAAAGUCAAGCUGUUGAACUAGUAGUAAGGUUUAAAAAAAUAGUUCUAUAGCAAAUUUCAGGUGUCUGAUUUUUGAAAAUCAUGGUUACUAUCUUUAUGAAGAUUAGCUGACAGAAGUAGUUUUAUUUUAAAGCUCUGUUUGGCAUUUUAAAGAAUAAAAAUAUUUCCUUUUUGUUUGACUGGUACUCUAAAAUGUAUCAAAUCAAGCCCCUAAACAGCCCACAAGCAGAAAUCACGCUAUCAUUUAGGUACUGAAUCUCUUUUCACUACUAGAGGUCCUGGUGUUCUGAUUAUCAAAGAUUACUAGACCUAGAUAUAAAUACAUUCAAGGCUUUUCAGUUAGCAAUGCUACCGAGUUCAUAUUUUAAAACUAACUUGAUGAUGCAUUUUCAACUUUAUCAAGUAAGGAAAAUAAAAUUUAACAUUUAGUUCCUUCAGAAAUCAAGAAGGGGAAAACUGAUGGGGAAGAAGGAAGACUAGGAAAGAAACUGAGCUGGUGUGUUAUUUUUCAAAGUCUGUCUUUGCCCUUUCCAUCUGUGUAGCAGAGACUUGAGGAGGAGUUGGGUAGCAGUAGAAAGCUCUCCUUUGUAGCCUAACUUUCCAUGUGGGAAAAUGUUGCUGAGUGUCAAAAGCAUGACAUGAGCUGCUAAACAGCCAGGUCCUUAAUCUGUAAAUGAAACUGAAACUAGAUCUGUAGAUGAAAUUGUGUUAAGCAGUCAUACCCUUUAGUUCAAUUUCUGCUCCAGUGGAAACUGAACAGAGGUAUUCCUAGCCUGUGAUUUCAAAAUCUUACAAAAAGAUAGACUAAUUUAAACAGGUCAACCUUAAUCAUAAUUUUAAACUUCAGUGGGCAUGUGCCUAUGACAAAUCUUUCUUUAAAAGUUCUGAUGUUACACUGAAUUUCAGGAUGAGGGAUAUUAGUAUUCCCAUCGUUGUUGUUUGGGAAAUCUUUACUCACUGUUUUCCACUUAUUUUCUGAAAUGAACUUUUAUUUGUUGCUAGAGUAUGACUGUAGUUGUUGCUCAUUCUAGCUGUAUUUGCUGCUUAUUCUAGCAAAAGAAUUGGACCACUUUGCUAAUAUUUCUGCACUAUUGAUUUCUUCAAGUUUCUUCCAAAGAAACAACAAAUCUGCUAUAUGAACCUGCAAAACAGAAGGGCUCUGAAACGGGUGAAGCAAACUUAGAAAAGGCAUUUCCAUUAAGUGAUAUUUCUUUAGUCUUCAAAAACUAAUAUGUAAAUAGCAGAAAUGAGAGCCCUUAUUUCUUAUUACUCUCCCAAAUGCAUGGGAGGUGCUUGCAUUCAAAGAGAUAGGCCUGUAAGUUUGUUUAAAAACAAAAAUGAAACACACAGUUUUAAGUAGUAACUGAGAUGUCGUCCUCCAUACUAACAUCAGAAUUUGGAGACAAGUGUACUGACAGAGUAUUUUAGUGUUACGUGCAGAGAUUUCUUUUUGAAAUGGCAUUACCUGUACCUGUGCUUCUUGUCACUUUUAUUUUUGUAUUGGUAGCUAUCCAACUGAAAACUCCUAUUGAUGCACAGCAAAGUGCAUCCCAAAAUGAGAUACUUGUUGUGAUUUGGUUGUAAGAAUUAAAUUUUACCCAGACCCAGAGAUGAGAUGCCCAAACUAAAAUAAAAGCAUCAACACAAUUGUGUGGAUUACUUAAGUACGUUAAUAUACUAGGUACUGCUGCUGAAACAGGAGCCAUGGAUGAUCUGAAAAUAGCCAGAAUUUAGCUUUGUUAACCAUGCAAAUCCAGAACACUGAAAAUUCCUAUUUGUUAACCAUGAAGAGUCUACUAUCAAAGAAUCUUUCUGGAAAAGCAAAAUUUCUUUCUUGUGGCUAAUCUAAUGCAGGUUUUCUUUCAAAGACUUUGUGCUUUGAAAACUUGCAUAAUGCUCCAGAUAGUCACCCAUAUGGUUUCAUAAACUCCUUGAUAAGGCAACAUCUUUAUUUAUUUUUUUUAAAAAACUUUCUUUCUAAAGCUAUAAUACCUUUCAAAGAGUCAAAAAAAAAAAAAAUGCAAAACUUUAAGAAGUGAAUGACACUUUGGAAAAUGCACCUAAUUCAAGCCAUGUGAGUCAUUUUGAAGUUGGCUUUUCUGUUUGGGUGUGUAUUCUGUGCUUCUAUGACCAAAUUAAAAUGCAAUAUUCGGUACCAGUUAAUUUAAUGUGAAAUGCAGGAAGUCUCCUUGCUGCUUAGUGGGCAGUGUCCAAAGAUUAUAAAAGAUUUGCCUAUAUGUAAACUUUUAAGUUUCAGAUGUUAGGCAUUAUAAGUGCAUAAAGCAGUCUGUGCUAGUUACAGCACUGAUAGUUCUUUGAAGCAAAACUCACCAUCUACAAAGACUUCUGAAAACAUGGCUAAGUGUUUUUAAGUUUUUAUACUUAACUUUUUAGGAGGACAGCACAACUUGAUUCAUAUGGAAGCAUAGUUCAGUAGUGAUAAGAGCUUGGCAUAUCUCAGUGUUGUUCCAGAGAACUCCGGAAUUGCUGAAAAUAGAGUAGCUUUUUUUUUUUUUUUUUUUUCUAAUUGCACUCCAAAAUAAAAGGUUGAGCUUUGUGCAGUAAUAAGGGUUACCCAACAGAAGCAUUAAUGUUGCUACAGUACUGAGAGCUCAAUGUUUCUUGUAACAGUAGCUUUUGCUAUUGUAGUACUUCAUAACACAGGCUGAAUGAUGCAAGGGCUCUUACCUUGACUUCAGACAUUUUUAAAUCAUUGUAUUACUUUAUUUUCACCUUUUACAGUAUGAUUUGAAACAGUCAACAUGGACUUUUCACGCCUACACACGUACACCCCUCCCCAAUGUGUGCCAGAGAACACUGGCUAUACAUAUGCACUCAGUUCUAGUUAUUCUUCAGCUGCUUUGGAUUUUGAGACUGAACACAAAUUGGAUCCGGUAUUUGAUUCACCAAGAAUGUCACGGCGUAGUUUGCGGUUAGCUGCUGCAGGAUUUAAUAAAUCAGAUGCCCGAAGUGAUAUCCUUCAUGAUGGCUCUUACACUGGAAACAUGUCUUUUAGAGAACAGUCUAAGACAGUGAAGCAACGCAGAAGUAUGAAUAAACAAUCUGGCAUGGUGAGAGAGACACCAAGGAAAAAUCUGUCCAGCUCUUCUAUUUUUAGCCAAAGCAGUUUCAAUAGCCAUGCCAGUGAUACAUCAAUGGUAUCCACUGUAUUGGAUGAAUCUUUGAUUCGAGAGCAAACUGAAGUUGAUCAUUUCUGGGGUCUUGAUGAUGACGGUGACCCUAAAGGUAGUGAUACGACCCUGAUGCAGGGGAAUGGUGAUGUAGCAACAGCAGAAAUGCAGACUGCAGUGAUCAAUGGCUAUACUUGCAAUGACUGCAGCAUGCUUUCCGAACGGAAGGAGGUUCUUACAGCAUAUUCGGCUUCUCAUGUGCCAUCUUCCAGAAUUUACUCCAGGGACAGGAGCCAGAAACAUACAUCUAGAGGCACCUAUUUCUACACGAAUAAGAUUCUGCAAAUGGUCAAACAUGCUGUGGCAUCUUUUGCAUCCCUCUUAGUGCAUCUGUUUCAAAUGGUUCUGCUGAAGCUGGGUUAUGAAUUUAAAGCUCACUCGGAUUAUUGUGGAAGCAUGAAUGUAAAGGAGUUUUUCAGAGACAAUAGCCAUCUUGGUGUAAAUGAGGAAUCAAUAUGUGAUGACUGUAAGGGGAAGAAACAUCUUGAAACAUACACCACAGACCACAUGCAAUCCUCAUGGGCUAAAGGGGUAGCAAGGACCAUUUGGCACACCUUUUCUUAUGCAGGUUACUUUAUGGUUCACGUAUUGCAAACAGUGGGAGCAACUGGAUGGCUUGUGUCUCAGAAGGUGUUGUCUCUACUUUGGCUGCCCGUUUUUUCCUCAGGGAGGGCAGCUUCUGGCAUGUUCUGGUGGCUUAGAACUCGAUGGUCUCAACUUGUUACUCUGAUGUCUAUGCUCAGUGCAUUUCUUCUUAGAAAAUGCCUUCCAAAUAUUUUCAAGCUAUUACUGCUUCUCAUCCCACUGCUGUUUUUACUAGGUAUGUGGUCUUGGGGGUUUGAUCGCUUCAUUUUGUUACUGCCCUCAUUGAACUGGACAAAAAUUUACACAGUACAGAGAAUAGAUGACUCCGUUCAUAUUCUCAAACCACAGCCUGAUUCUUCUCAUUCUGUGCAACCUCCAAAGGGUACCAUAAAUAUCUUUGAUUCUGGUCGUAUAACUGAGCUGGAAAAGCAAAUGGCCUUCGUGUCUGAUAGAUGCCAUCACCAUGAUGAAGAAUAUAGCAAAGUGAUGCUUCUACUCCAGAACCUUCAAGAUCAAGUUGCCCAGAUGAAUGACAGAAGUGAAAUAUUGACAUUAAUAAAAAAUGUGAUGAGUCAGCAUCUCAAAGAUGUGAAAGAAGAGGAAAAGACUGACUUCCUGGCUUUACACCAAGAACACGAGAUGCGCCUCAAGACACUUGGAGACCUUCUUGGAAAACUCUCUGUUAAAUCUGAGGACAUCCAAAAGGAGCUUGACAUAGCCAAAGCAAAAACGAUACGAGAUGAUAAUGAACAUAAUCACCUUUUAUCGAAAGUUAAAAAGCUAGAACUAGAGUUGACUCAGAUGAAAUCAGAGCUGUUAAAUUGGCAAAGUGUGAAGACAAGCUGUGACAAAAUAGACGUCAUUCAUGAAAAAGUCGAUGCCCAGGUCAAAGAAUCCAUCAAGCUUAUGCUUUUCGGUGAUCGACAAGAAGACUUUCCAGAAUCGCUUCUUCAGUGGCUUGCAUCUAAUUUUGUGAGCAAAAGUGAUUUGCAGACUGUUCUGCGAGAUCUAGAGUUGCAGAUCCUCAAGAAUAUUACUCUCCAUAUGUCUUCUACAAACCAAAAACUAACAUCUGAAGUAGUAACAAAUGCUGUGAAUAAUGUAGGGGUUUCUGGAAUCACAGAAGCGCAAGCACGCAUUAUUGUAAACAAUGCACUGAAGCUCUAUUCUCAAGACAAGACUGGCAUGGUGGAUUUUGCCUUAGAAUCUGGAGGUGGCAGCAUUCUGAGUACUCGCUGCUCUGAAACCUAUGAGACUAAAACAGCAUUAAUUAGCCUCUUUGGAAUUCCUCUGUGGUACUUCUCUCAGUCUCCCAGAGUUGUGAUUCAGCCGGACAUGUAUCCAGGGAACUGCUGGGCUUUCAAAGGAUCACAGGGGUAUCUUGUAGUUAGACUUUCAAUGAAGAUCUACCCAACUGCCUUUACUGUGGAACAUAUACCAAAAACACUUUCACCAACAGGAAAUAUCACCAGUGCUCCUAAGAACUUUUCAGUAUAUGGUCUAGAUGAUGAAUAUCAAGAAGAAGGUGUACUUCUUGGACAUUACUUUUAUGAUCAAGGAGGAGAGCCACUGCAGAUGUUUCCAGUAAAGGAGAAAAAUGAAAACGUAUUCCAAAUAGUGGAACUGAGAAUUGUUUCUAAUUGGGGACAUGCAGAAUAUACAUGUCUUUAUCGGUUCAGAGUGCAUGGGAAACCAGCCGAAUAAUCUCCUACACUACAGCUUGGUUUUUUUCUCCUUAUUGUACAUUUUAUUUUCAAUUUGUAUAUACCGGAAAACCUAGAACACUGGAAUCUCUAAAGGAUGUGGAUAUGAGAUGUAUACUGCAGAAUUACUGAUCCUCUGAUAAAGGUGGAAGACUGUCAGCAGAACUGUAUUAACAUAACUCUUAUUCGCUCUGGUGCUCAGCUUGUAAUUGCCAGUUAGCUUUAUAUUUUUGUGUCCAUGCUGAGAAAAAUAUUGCAUGCAAACUGCUCUGGUUCAUAAAGCCCAGUUAGCAAACAGGUGAUAACCUAUUUUAUUACAAAUGAAUGUAUAGGCUUUUUUUAAAAGAAUAAAACACGUUUUCUGCAACUAGGAAUCUGUAAUUUUUUGUUUGUUUUGAAUCCAGGAUUCAAUUGCAUACUUCUGUUAGCUUGACACCGUAAGCCAGUAACUGUGGUACAUUUUAAACGCUGACUGUAGCUAGAGGUGUGCUUCACAUGACCCUCAUCUUUGACCUUUUUGGUGGAUCUGAAAGGGCUUAUUUAAUAAAUGUUAAAUACGGUAAAUAUUAUUGUCAGGGAUAGUUAAUACAACCAAAAUUAGUUUAAACACCAGCGAAAGUGCUUUACUGUAACUUGUGGUCAUGAGCUGAUCUAAAAGUCAGGGAUGGUUUUGCCUAAAUUUAUUUUAAGGGUUUUUACCAUAGCAACUCAGUCAACUUGUUUAAUUGCUGUAUACUAAUGUUUAUUAAGCAAUUUAGCAGACUUACUAGCUCCAAUCCAGCUAGUCAGUGCAUCAAGACUGAUUUGGAACCAGCACUGGAGAGAGGAACAAUCCUCAUUUGCCAGAAAUGAUCUAUUUUUGGGGACAAAUCUAUUAUGCUGGUUCAUUUUAUAGUCAAUAAAUUGUGCUAAUGCAACAUAUGAAAACAAGACUAUGAGGUAAACCUUACUAACCUGCAUUUACAAAAUAUUGCCAUAUUUAAGCAUUUUUAAUCAUUCCUAGAAGAUUGAGACAAAUAAGUACAUGAGUGAUUUGUUCUUGCAAGCAGUGUUUUCAUGUAGAGCUGAAUUGGGCCUUACGUUGAGUUAUAACUGCUUAUUGCUGCUCUCAGGAUUGCUACUUUGAAGUUCCCUUUUCAGCAGAGAUUCCCCAAAUGUACUUGUAUGCAGAAAUUUUAUCUUGCUGUUACAAUUAGUCAACUUAGUGCACAUGAACUGUUAACACACUGAACUGCUGACUGGUUUUCUGGAUAGAGUAACAUGUGUUGCACAACAGUCCUCGAAUGUUUAAACAAGUCUCCAUGUGAAGAAUACUUUCACUUGAGCUAGAGACAGAACCUAUGGCCUACGCAGAGGAGUUGGAUUUAACAUGUACAGGUGUUUUCAUAUUAUAGGUUACAUAUUUAAAAUUAGAAUUAUCCUGUAUAAAUUGAAAUUACGUGCUUGGGUUGGGCAUAUUUUGAAUAACACUAACUUAUUUUUAAAAAAGCAAGAUAGGACUUUGUGCAAUGUAUUUUUGUAAAUGCUUUUCAAAAUACAUCUCUGUUCUUUGCUGCCUAUAAACUGACAAGAUGCUAUUGAGAUGUUUAAAUAAAGAGUUUUAAUUUUUGAAA